CUUACAGUUUCUUGUCAUCUCACCAUUUUACCAAUUCCACCCGCCAACAUCCGACACCACGAAAACCAUCUUUCGCCUGGGACAUCCUGUGAUUUUCAAGGCCCAACUCAUCCGGCAGGUUCUUUGCACACGUCCCAUCCCUCAACGUCCGAACUGCCAUCACAGAAGGACAAGGCGAAUUUGUUUCUCUCAAUAUUUGGCUAACGCCUUGUUUUGUACCCUUGCUUGCGGGAAGAGAAAGAAGAAGAGAAGGCGAUUGGGUUGGGGGUCGCGUUACAAUUGAAGUCUCCUUUCCUGGCUUGCGGCGUGGAAAAUCGUCCCCUCACUAUUCGACCCUCCCCCCCCUCCCCGGACAGGCGCAGCAUAAUCGCGCGUCAAAAAAAAAAUUGAAACCACUCAAGCGCCGCCAGACAAAGCAGCCAUCAUCCCUCGGCUAGGACAAACCGACCCCAACCCCUCAAGACGGGAGAAGAAGGAAGGACGGGACCCCUUUGAGCUCGCGGGACUCGGCUCGACGACACAAGACGUAGUACUGACUGCUUUUUUUCAUUUGUUCAUUCCACAAAAAAAAAUCGGUUCGGAAGAGAGACUGUGACAGAGACAGAGACAUUGGCAGAGACGGCAAGUAAGCAAGAGUGGAAAGGAAGGUAAGAGAGGGCACAAAAGAGACGAAGAGACGCAGAAGCGACGAAGGAGAAUGAGGACCGGCGCAGUUUCCCGCCCGAAUUACUUUGGAUACGCUGCAACCUCUCCGACGACGUACCAAACUCGCAGGCGAACAAGUGCUCCUAGCCCGCCUCCGUCUCAUCACAUUCGCAACGCACAACACGACACAACACAACUUAAUACGACACUCAUCAUCACCCGGUGACAUCUCGAACGCGCCAGAUUGCAAGCAAUCAAAAAAUUGAAUAUUGUCUAAUAGGAACAGUUGGCGAUAUACCUGAGAAGGACGAGUAAACCCAUCGAAUUAUUUCUCACACCCCCCUCCCCCCUGCCUACGGCCUACCGAGAGAGAGCUCAAGCUCCCGCGACCUCCGCGCGCCGCGUGCCGAAGAACCAGCACCAGCACCAGCACCAGCGCCGGCGGCAGUAGCAGCUACUUGCAGCUUGCAGCUUGCAGCAGCAAGUGUCAUCAUUUGCGCUUAACAGCUGGCUCCCUUUCCACCCUUUUUCCCCCUUCUUUUUUGUUUUUUGUUUUAUUUUGUUUUAUUUUAUCUCUUUCAUUGUUUCUCUCCCUCUCUCCCUCCCCUCUUCUUCUUCUUCUUUCCCUUCCCGCUUUCUGUCUUUUGCGUGCAGAUCUUUGAGAAGGGGACCGGGUCCAGGGAAAGCACGAGGAAAAGAAGAAAAACUUACCCACCCCCACGACGCACACAAAGAAACGACUUGGCUGCCCCAGACUAAAAGGGAUCCCCAUUUCUUACUCAUCUCAUCCGCGCCAGCUCUCACUCACUCACUCACUCAAGAGAGGCCAUUCCCCCAAACUCUCUGAACCCGGAAGACGACGAGGCGCCUCCCUGUCUCCAAAAAGACGUUCGUUCGCCUCAGAACUUCAGCUCAACGCUACGCUACUCUACUCUACCCUACUCUACAGACCACGCGUAUAACUAUUUACUCCCGCCCGCGACUCUGUGGCUUCUCCAGAGCGGCAUUGCUCGGUCCAAAUCGCCCACAUUAGCACUACGCUGCCACCCUGCUUGACGCGCGCACCCAGCUCCUUCGCAUCCCCUUCCUCACGGGCCAACACAUCAUCCCGCGGCUUUUCUCCUCACCUACCAAAUUUCCCGGCUGGUUCUUAACGCACCAUUCCGACGCUUAUCUGCCGCCGUUCCCACCGCCAGUCGCCUACCGCGUAGCAACCUCAUCUAGCACCGUAUCUACUCAUCACUCCGUUCCCCCAGAUCAACAGCUUCGUGACGACAUCUCACGUCUUGCCCUCUCACACCCGCGUUGGCGAGGUGUCGUGUCGGACCAUGUCAGCUUUCACUGCCCUCAAUGGGGGCUCACCAAAAACCUCGGAACCACCCAACCCGCCCGCCGAUGCCAGCAGAGCUGCUCCGUCAGACGGGCGCCCCAACGGACAACCCAUCCCAUCCGAGCUCAAAUCAACCACCACCGUCACGGAACCCUCCACCGCCACGGAAUCAUCCAUUGCCACGGAACCCUCCACAAGCCAAAGGGAAAGCUGGGCUGGCCCGAGCCAGGACAGAUCGCCGUAUCAGUCUGCCAACUACCCCGAUGUCGAUGGCUCACACAAGAGAAAGCGAUCCGACUCUGUGGAGCUGCGAAGAGAAGCUCCCCCGCCCAAAGAAAAGUCUCCCGGCGCUGCAUCUCACUCUCAUCCUCCAGAGUCACGUGAUCUUUAUGAGACGCCCUCGCGCGAGCGCGACCCCCGCUCCUACGCUGAACGCGAAGAGUUGCGCGAACAUGGCGAUUCGUGGUAUUCACGCGAAGGAAGAGAAAGGGAUGAGCGGGCCUACUACGACCAGCCUUCCGCCACAUCCACCCAAGGUCAAUCGGAGGAGCAGAUUGGUGAGGCGCUAAGGCGUGCCAACCAGAUGGAUGGACAUGACUACGACAACACCAGCCCUGACGGCGACGACAGAUCCAUGGCGUAUGGCUCCUACACGCCUGGUGGAUCUCGUGACCCCACACUCCAGUCCGACAAGAAGAGAAAGCGUAACUUCAGCAACCGGACCAAGACGGGUUGCCUCACGUGCCGCAGGAGGAAGAAGAAAUGCGAUGAGCAGAAACCCGAGUGUAGCAACUGUCUCCGUGGAGGUUUUGUUUGCGCAGGAUACCCUCCGCAGCGCAACACGGCCUGGCAAAAGCCAGACAGUAAGGGCGCGGCCAUUCCCUUGGAGUCCAAGGAUCCCAGCUAUGUCCCGCCCGGCGCAUACGGCAUGCCGCAGCAAGCUCCGUACGGCAGCCAGCCUGCCAUCGGACAGAGACGGGAGCCGUUGCCCCAUUACCGCGGACAGCCACUGCGGAUAGACCCCCCCCAAGGGCGGCCGCUGCUGACUGAUGACGACCGGCCGACGGCUUCGACUAUCCCCAGCGCAUCCGUAACGAGCCCCGAGAACAAGCUUUCUGCCAUUCCCUACACCCCUGCCAACGCCUUCCCCACGCCUGUCAGCGCUCAAGGGCCUCCACAUGCUCCCUUUUCGGAGAGAAAGGAGUAUCAGCGCGUCCCUCCGUUGCACGACAUCAGCAGGACUGGUCCAGAGCCCGAAACGCCUCACCCCGGCCACACACUGCCCCAGAUCAAUAUUCUUCACCCAACGAGAUCGAACAGCCCCAUCCCGCAGCAACAACAGCCGCCGCCGCCGCCACCGCCGCCGCCGCAGCCCCCGGCAACUACCAACGUGCAAGUCGCCGCACAGUUGGCACUAUCACACGCCCAGUUCUCCCCCAGCAGGACCAGGACGCAAAAGGAGGACAUGCUCAACGGGAAGCUCUACUAUCCAUUCGACAAGGAGCUCGUAUUAGAACGCGAACGCUGCAGCGCGGCUUGCUGGCGAUUCAACAACUCGACGAAUCCGAACAACGGCGUCUCCCCAACGGAGCGCGCACGCCUUUUCCGCGAGAUUCUGCAGCCUCGCGACCCGAUACAGAUUUCGCCAACCGUCGCCUCACCUGUGGCGAACCUGGGAAGAGUGGGUGAGCAUGUGGUCGUGGAGGCGCCCUUCACUUGCGACUAUGGCUACAACAUUUCCAUCGGGCAAAACGUUCUCAUUGGCCGGAGCUGUACUAUUAUUGAUACGUGCGAGGUUAAGAUUGGCGACAAUUGCCACAUCGGUCCGAACGUAAGCAUCUACACUGCGACACUACCCACCGAUCCCAAGAAGCGCAUGGGCAGCAAGGGGCCACAGUUUGGCAUGCCCAUUACCAUCGGGGAGGACUGCUUUAUCGGUGGGGGGGUUAUCAUCCUACCAGGCGUCACGAUCGGGCGGGGAAGCACCGUCGGGGCUGGCUCAGUUGUCACAAAGGAUGUCCCUCCAUUCACCAUUGCCGUUGGUAAUGCUGCCAGGAUCAUCCGCGGCAUUUCCUCCUAGCGGCGGAGUUUAAUUUUAUUUCCUUCGCAGCCCAUGAUACCCAGCCCGUAAUACAGUCGUGGUCCCUGUACAAAAGCGAGUUGUGUUUUUUUCUCUUUUUCUUUUCUUUUUCUCUUGUUCUUCAAUGGCUUUGUUUCCUCCCAUUCAUCUCGAAACCCAAGGGGUUUUUCUGUUUGACCAUUUUCACACUUUCGAGCCAAGCGCAUGAGACGUAGUAAGGAAGAACCAUUAAAAAAAGAGCCUGGCGUUUUUCCCCCCCUCUUUCCAACCCCAUAAUGCAACGUUUUCUCACUUGUCCUGGAUUUCUUUGGGGAACAGACCCAAGCCGACACGCAUGUUGAGAGAAACGUGCGAACAAGAGGAUGGGUUGACGGGAGGCAGGUGUUAGCUCUGGCAGCUCGGCGAGGAGACGAGAGCGGAUGGAUGGGAUUCCAUUUCUGCUGGACACGGGGAAGGGAGGAAACAAGGCCUCUGAGAGAGAAAGGCCUGUGAGAGGGAGGGGAGAAAAAAGGACUCCUUGGUGUGUAUUGUCUAUUCACCGUUGUAUGCAUUUGCCUUGGCGGUUACUGCCCGAGGACUAGGACGGUUCGGGUCGAAGGCCGACAACUUAGCAUUGGAUGCGACGAAAUGAGGCUGUACGAAGGGUAUGAUGAUACCAACCGAUCUAGAUCGCCUCUUCCUCCUCUCACCGGUCAGCUCUGGGUGAGUUUCUCUGUGCAUGUACCGUUUAUGGACGAGAGGGAGUUUCUCCCAAGGUUACAUGUAAACCGAAAGGUCGGGGGCCUUUGCGGAUCAAAAGGAUUAACGCCAAGUACGUAGUGGAAGGGGGGGGGAGAAUGGAGGAGGGACUGACGGCAGCUAUUACCUGUACACGAUGUCUGUUUCCGGAAAGUCGAUGCCUCACUUGGCGCGGCGGCUAAGUCUGUCUUUCCCCUUGUUGGCAGGUCCUCGGGCCCAUUGCGCAGGUGUCUCCCUGGAGCGAGCACAC